CACCGCCGCCCCUGGAGGGCUCACCCCUGGAUGAAGGCCCUUGUCAAGGUACCAUCUGCACUCCCUUGGGGUAGAAGGAUGGGGAGGAGGGCUGUUAUGUUGUCACCCACUUUCAAGGGCUGCUUUGGGGGCUGGGUUCCAGAAAUGGAGGGGGCACAGUCAGGACCAAGCCUUAGCUCGUUACACUAAAAAAUGGUGCAUAGGAUGGUCCUCUAGCUGUGCAUUUCAUAAUUUUCCCCUUACGUCCCAAUCAAAUGUAUGCUUGGUCAGAACUUAAAGAAGCAAUCCCAGAGUGAAGCAUUUCCCAGGCUCCAAAGUGGGAAUCCAGCCACUAGCUAGAUUCGGGAUUCAACUUUUGGCUAGGGAGGGCAAGCAGCUCAACAGAGGUAUAUAGAUACAGAUAUUUCAGUUCAAACAAUAUGGAGUUUGAAAUGUCCUUUUUCAAAUGCAACAGCUCAGUUUUUGAGCUUGAAACCCUUUCAGAUCUCCCCAAACAUCCCAUUUCUCACUCAGGCAGCCAUUGUGCAUUAGAAACUGGGCACCGGAAAUAAAAUGUGUUUUGAAUCAAAACAUUUGGUGUACUAUUAGAGUGCAAAGGUCUUGUUUUCUAGACCUUGGGGAAAGAUCCUCCUCCUCUGAUCCGAUUGGGGAGGUUCUCUCUCUGUUCCCUCUCCUUCUGAGAAUGUGGCUUGGCUCAUUUAUUUCAAGUUACUUGAUUCAGUCUUCCUGAAUCUGGUGCAUUCCAGAGGUGUUACACUACAAUUCCCAUCCUCCUCAGAUUAAGCCAAAACACAGCCAGGCGCUUGAUGUACUGCAGCAGAACUCAGGUCUUCCCAGAUGGAUUUCCAUACUCCGUGAGCGUGACAAUGUUAAAGAGUCAAUGUCCUUUUCUGUUUCCCCCUCUUCAUUGUGUUUCACUGACUCUGCACACUUUUCCUUCUACAGGUGACUGUGAAAAUGAAGAGAACAGUUUCAGUAACUCUGAGACAGACAAGCCAGACAACAGGCGCUGUUCAGGGCUAUCAUCUAAGAGUCCUGACUGGGGGCUUUGCCUGCAGGAUGAGCCCUUGUAUCAAACAUAUCGCCAGGCUGUCAUCUCCAAGGAGAUCAAGAGACAAACGGUUCCACACAACAGUAGUUUCAGCAGCUCGGACUACAGGGCCCCUUCUCUUGGUGAAGGGCCAACAGGACCCCAGGGCCCCAUCCCUCAUAGCACACUUUGGCAGGAGCUGCCUGCUGUGCGAGAAAGUGGCCUUUUGGAAAAUAUCAGCCCAGAAGAAAGGAAGAUGCAAGAGAGUCUUUUUGAGGUGGUGACCUCUGAAGCCUCCUACCUACGCUCACUCACCCUUCUGAUUGAGCAUUUCAUGGAGUCUCGGGAACUAGCUGGCACCAUCCUUCUGCGUGAGCACCGUAUCCUCUUCUCCAACAUACGCAAAGUCCAGGAAGUCAGCGAAAGGUUCUUACGGGAUCUGGAAAGGCGGUUGGCUGAAAGCCUGCAGAUCUCAGAUAUUUGUGAUAUUGUGGAGGACCAUGCUCAGCAGAGCUUCUUGGUCUACAUUGAUUAUGUCCGUAACCAACUCUACCAAGAGAAGACUUAUAGUAGCCUCAUGGAGAAGAACCCCCAGUUUGCCAUUGUUGUUACCCGGCUCCAGGAGCAGCCCCAGUGCCAGCGGCUCCCCUUCAUGUCCUUCUUGCUGCUUCCUUUCCAGAGGAUCACCCGCAUCAAGAUGCUCUUGGAGAAUAUCCUGCGCCGGACGGAUGAAGGUUCUUUGCGAGAACAGAAUGCUAUGAAGGCUCUGGCCUCUGUUUCCAAGAUCAUAGAAGAAUGUAACUCCGAGGUCGGCCGGAUGCGUCACAUGGAGGAGCUGAUCCAUACAGCCAGCAAAAUUGAGUUUGACAAGCUUAAGGCCGUUCCCAUCAUUUCCCAGAGCCGGCAGCUGCUGAAACAGGGAGAGCUGCUGGAAGUCGUGCAUCGUGGCACGAUCUUUGGCACCAAGCCCAAACUGGUCCCCAUCUACCUGUUCCUCUUCAGUGACCUGCUGCUCAUUACCCAGCGCAAGAGCUCAGAACGCUUUGUGGUGCUGGAUUACGCCCAUCGCUCGCUGGUCCAGGUCCAGGGCUGUGAGGAGACCUCCACCAGCCAGAAUGGAGAGAACAGCUUCUACCUGACAUUGAUGGAGAACCACCAAGGGCGAAGUAGCGAACGCCUCUGCCGCGCCCCGACGCAGUCUGAUAUGCACCGCUGGAUGGGCGCUUUCCCGUGCCAUGAGUCCCAGCCUAAUAACAAGCAGGAAACCAUCUAUGAGGACUGGGAUUGUCCCCAGGUUCAGUGCACAGAGACCUAUAGGGCAGCCCAGGCGGAUGAGCUGAGCCUCGAGCCCACAGAUAUCAUCAACGUUCUGCGGAAGGCCGAGGGCUGGUAUGAGGGCAUACGCCUCGCCGACGGGAAGAAGGGCUGGUUCCCCUCAUGCUACGUGCAGGAGAUCACAAACGAACAUGUCCGCCGUCGCAACCUCCGCGAGCGUUACCGCGUCCUCCAGGCUGCCCGCCAGCUGCAGCUGACGCGCACGGGUUACUUCAAAAGCAAGUACAGUUCAGCCUGAGACUGAAGCCGUACAAGCAACGGAGCGAGGGACAGGGGACCCCGGCCUGCGAUUAUCUCACGGCUGGACUCAAGGUCGGCUUCCAUUUUGCUGGGCGUGGAGCAGCAUUGCCUCAAGAGGGUGUUGAAGAUGGUGAGGACGGUAGAGAGCGGUUGGGUUUUGGAUGGAAGGCCCCUGGAGGGUGAGACUGAUGCAAGCAUGCAGGGUUGAUUGUCCGGAAUUCGUGGCCGCUGCAGUGCCGUUCGCCAGCCAGUGGAGGCAGCAAAGACACGACUUCAAGCAUGUCCCUUCUGCCAGAGGGGGCGAUAGACUGCAUUCUCAGUUCCAGGGCUCAGUUUACAGACUUAGCAACGUCUAGUUCUUAUUCCCCAAACUGAGUCCUAACUCCUCUGAGCCUGCUGGGCAUCGCAGUAUCCCCGAGGGAGGACCACAUACCUUCUCAGAGGGUUGGGAUGAAGAAGGGACACCACCUUCUGCCUUAGGGAGGACGGAUCAUCCUAGUAGCGGCACAGUGUUUCAGAAGGUUCCCCGUACCAAGACAUGAUCGCACGAAUUGCCUCAUGGUUUACUGGAGGUGUCAGCUAAACUUGAACAGGUGUUCCACCCGCCCUUAUUUCGCAGGGACUAUCCACCGGUUAAAAUAGGUGUAGCCUUCAGGCCCACCUCCAGUAACCUUGUUUGGGGCUGGAUGCAGGCUGGCUUUUUCUUCACCCACGUGACUGAUGGGUGCGCCUUGCCCUUCGCUAGCGGGUAAUCUGGUAGGCAGCGCUACGAGAACACGCUUCUGCCCCAAUAAAAUGCCUUUUGCAAACGGGGUCCACACUGUGAGCAUUACCGGUUUCCUAAUCCUGAUCUGGGUGCUGCCACUGCCGAUAUUUCAGACCUUCCCAGGGGUCCUUAAGCUGGGCGCGGGUCAGGCCCUUCUCUACCUCAGCUCCUCUCCUCUCUGCUGCUGGGAAUCCAGGACUCCUCUUGUAGCCUGUGGACCCAGCUUAUUGUCCCCACACCCCUCCAUGGUAGCUCACAGUGCAACAGACUUUUCUCCCUGAGGCUAAUCUGCCUGGGUAUCCUGGAUUUUCUCCUGUUUGGUUUUGCAAACAAGGAAUUUCUUCUGGAAACCUCACCAUGGAUUGGCUUGUAUUUAUUAACGUGUUGCUCUCUUUAGCUCUUGUGCUGGAGGAGGUUCUGCUUCCACCAUUCUUCUCGGGGAGCAGCGGAAAGGACUGUAUUUAAUUUAUUCCGUGCCACCCAUGUUUGCUUGGAUUGUGACCUCUCUUGUGUUUUUCUAUCCAAAUGGCCUUUUUAAAAAACACCAAUGAACAAAACGUGCCGGUGCUUGUUUUCAG